GCAGAUCUGAUGAUAUGGACUUGCAGUUAUGGCUUUCUACAAAGUGAUCUGUGUGGCAGCUCUGCUGACUCUCCUGACACAAGAGUGUCACUCACAACUAAGCGUGUGUGGACAGCCAAAGCUCAACACCAAGAUUGUUGGAGGACAGGUGGCCUCUGCAGGCAGCUGGCCCUGGCAGGCCAGUCUGCGAAACUCUGGGUCCCACUUCUGUGGAGGAUCCCUCAUUAACAAUCAAUGGGUGCUGACUGCUGCUCACUGCUUCUACAGUGUCCCUUCCUUUCCCGGGAAACCUGAUGGAGGUGCAGUUGCCGAUUGUGGGGAACAGACCGUGUAGCUGUAAGUACGGAGUGGGUUUGAUCACAAGCAACAUGAUGUGCGCUGGGUUAAGUGCUGGAGGGAAGGACUCCUGUCAGGUGAUCAUGAUUUUUAUGCCUGUAUUUGUGUCAUAUUUUCAAUGAAAUCACUUAUUAAUAAAUCACUUUUUUACUAUGGGCUCUAACCUCACUUAGAAAUGAACCCCAUACCUGUUUUGUCUGUUGCUUGCAACAGCCACUAUUCUGCUUCUGAUGAAGAUAUUGGGUCGGGAUGUAGCCCUGUGUGUGCUCCUGAGCCUGCUGCCAACUACAGCGACAACUCCUCAAAAUACAGUCCACUAACACCACAAAUCACACUGCCUUAUUUUCCAGGAUUGUGCCAGUGUCUGCUGUCUGAAAGGCAACAUUACGGAGCUGAAAAGGGGGUUUGAUUUAAUCUGCCUCUGUGCUGUGCUGCUCUGUCUGUCUGAAAAGCCACAGCCGGUAUGCCAAUGUUUCCGCGUUUAUUGUGGUAUCUCUGUAUAAAAGCGUUUCAGUAGCAUGACUGCACCCGGCUGCGCCAACAAAAAGCUGUGUGGAGAGUGUUUGUCUGACUUCAACAACUCAAUUAAAUUCAAAAAACCUUUAUUAAUCCCAUGACGGGGAAAUUCAUAGUGUUACAGUAGCAGCAGGGCAAAGUGUGAAAGUAUGAGAAGACACACAGGUAACAAACAAAUAAAUAUAAGUAAGGGGAGUAGUUAUGAUUGUAAAGUCUGUGGUGGUCUCCCACCAUCACUGGAUUUCCUUAUCAGCCUGUCAAGUCUCCUCCUAUCUACCACCACAAUGCCAUUGUCCCAGCAGACCAUCCAUCCAUCUGGAGCCAAUCCCAGCUGGCAUCGGCCGAAAGGCGGGGUACACAGGUCGCCAGUCCAUCGCAGGGCGACACCCACAUAUAGACAAACAACCAACCUCAUCGGCUCAUCUGCUGCUGUGAAAAUGGAAUUGCAGGUGAAAAACCAAACGCGAGUUCUUUUAAAUAAAAGUGCUCCCAAAUAAAGUCAGAGCAGAUAGAGAGAGACAGACAGGUGGAGGUGUGUGUCUGACAGGAAACCAAGGUGAGGAGAUUAGUGUAGUUUGUGAUUAAACACAAAAAGAAACUGGAGAAUUAAGAAGAAUUAAGAAGAAUUAAAAUGGUGUGCAAUUUAUUUUUAUUUUAUUUAUUUUGAAAAUGAUAAUGUUAGUUUAUCAUCAAUGUUUCAUUAUGACCAAUUUAGACCAGUGAGAACAGCUAACAUUUAUACUGCUGCUGAUAGGGAUCCUAAUAAAAAUAGAUUUUUCCAAUAAAUAGUUACAAAAAUGUUUGUGUAUGCUGUCAGUUAUAAUCGGCCAAAAUUAGAAUCGGCAGGUCAGACCUUUUAAAAAAUCAGUAACUGGAAUCAGCCAGGAAAAAUGUAAUCUGUGCAUCUCUUACUACAGUGAUACUCCUGUGUGUGAACCGAUAUUUAGGAUAAUAUGGCCGCGUGGUGAUCCUAUGAACUUAAGUCACACUUAAACAACUAUUACUUUGUGUUGUUGGCCAGAAAAAUAGUAGUAAGAAUUCUCUCUGUGUACACGUAUCCUAUACAAGUACAAUUUUGGCUGUAUUAUUUGUGUCCCCCUCAAAAAUUUCUCUUGAGAAAUUUUAUGAUUAUUGUCCCCCCCUACUGUUAGCUGAGAUUUAUGUCCAUGAAAUAAGGAAAGGAUUGUGACUGCUUGAUUGUGAUUAAAUUAGUACACCUGAAAGUCUCAUUUUCCAUAGCGUCACUGAUGGCUAUAUGGGUUUUUCACAUUCCCUGUUAGCUUCUUAUCAAAACAAUAUGGUUACAGUUCUUAUAUGCAACAGGAUGUCGCAUGGUUGCAACGUAAUUAUUGGGCCUACAUGGAACCCUCCAUGCAGGUUUUGGUCGGCUUCACUGUUCCCUCUCUCACUUACAUCAUCAUCAUCAUCAUAAUGCCCUCGGAGUGCAGUUCCCGACCUCUCUUAAGCCUUGAAGAAUAGGUGACCCUGAUUGGCAAAGAGGGAAAUCCACUAACUGCUCUCAAUAAUUCUUGAGGAAUCAGUCCCCACAUCUUGUGUCUCUUAUCAACCCAGAGGAAUGUCGACACUGAGCCGAAUGAAUGAAUGGGAAUAAAGAAAAUGAAAGAGCAGCACAUACGUAUAAAUGAAAGGCUGCUAUAAUAGGUCAUCAAAAUUAAAGACAUACACAGAAAAUGUAUUUUAUGUGUGUCCUUUUCUCCAGUACAUAGCCUGCAUUAAACAGUUGAACUUCAAAAGUAUGAAUGCAGCAGCUAUAGCCA